AUGAAGGAGAAGCAGGAUGAAGUUGAGAAGUGGUUCAGGAAUGGAGAGAACCACGACGGACGUUCAGAGUCAUUCUAUCCUUUGGGGGGGCCAGAUUUCUUGAUUAAAUCCACCCAGGCCACGCCGCGAUCGGCCUCGUCAACCUCACUGGAACCCGCGCAGGGCGAAUUGGUCAUACGAGACAUCUGCCGAGGCGAUCUCGGCGCGUCCGCAAUGGCGAACCGCGCAGGGCCAGAGGGCCGUCAGACGGCCCACGGGGGUGUGAGACGUUGUGAACUCUUGCAGCGGCACCUUUCCCAGCAGAAUGACUCGGGGCCCGCACCUCCGGCCCACUCGGGAUUGUGGCGAUUUGGGGGACUUUGUGCCUGGACGUUGAAAGUUUGGAACACCGCACCCCUGCCCGGCUCUGGAGCCUCAUCCACCACAACCACAACCAUCUAUGGAAACCCUUCCGCCGUUGAUUCUUUGCCGGUGAUGCCCGUCUUUUCGUCUCAAAGUCAUGAGGGGAACUUGAGUCCCGCUCCGGCAGCUAAAAAAAAAUCCAUCAUUCGAUACCAAGCUUUCUCCCACCCCCAACUCCCUAAGCUCAAGAAGAAGAAAAAAGUCAAUGGGCUGAUCGGCCACCACCAAAAACCCAAAAGACGCAGAGUCACCGUACCGAAAAAGACCACAAAGAACAGGAAAAUCUGCCCGGAACGCGCCUCGUACCAAAAAAAAACUCUUCAAGCGCGCAUUACCCAUCCGUACCAUCUCAACCCAUCAAAAAAGUCCCACACGUUGGCUAAUAUUUACUUGGUUUGUGGAGUGGUCAAUUCAUGUUAUUCCCAACUCCACGAGCGCAAGUCCCCCAAUCUGCCCAUUGCCCAUCCUCUUUUGCAGGUCCCCUAUCGAAACCCAAGAAAAGUCUGGAAAGAUUUUCGGCCCUAUUUCCCCGCGUGGUUCCUCACGAUCCACGCAACGCAAGCCGAUGCCGCAGCCCGCAUGCCCGGGGCCGGCGCAUGCAGUCAAAUCUUUUACGCAAAUUUGUUCGCCAACGGGGUUUCCUGGUGUCUUGCUUUUGACUCUUGCGCCCACGGAUAUGAGUGCUUCCCCCUUUUGCUACUCCGCUCUGGUCUGCAUGCUGCAUAG